AACUACAAGACCUUCCAAACUGAGACUAGCGCCAAACGCACAGCCGCCCAUGACUAUGAGUGGCGGGCAACUUGGGUUGUUCUCGAGGGCAACCAUGUCCAACACUUCCCUCUCGUCCGUUGUAUCCAACCUUGUUCGUGCCUCUAUGGGCAGCUCUGUCUCGAACAAUGUUACGGACGAUGAUUUAGACCGUCACAUCGCCGAACUAAUUCUGAAAGAGGCGAAACAGAAUGCCGAACGAUAUGGCACAGAUGGCAUUCGAGCUUAUCUACCUACAAACGAGUCUAGUGCGCCAAGGCCUAACAAACGAUUCUUAACCUCCAUCAUCCGGAGCACCGAUGACCAUAAUAAGACUAUCCUACGAGCGCAGGCGCUGGCCGCAGAGGAGGUCCGCAUGGAAAGACGAGAACAAGAGAAGAGAGAACGAAGAGCUCGGGCCGAGGAAGCUGUCGAAGCUGAACGGCUGAGGAGACUCAUGGGUCGUAGUUCUCGCACUAUCGACAACUGGAGGACGGGCGGCAAGAGGGAUGACAAGGGUAAGAGACGGGAACGAAGUUGGGAGAGGCGAGAAGAAGAUGUAGAGGAAGAUGAAAGUGACUACGCCAGGGAUAGAGAACGGCGCAAGAGGGACAGCGAGCGGUUGGAGAGGAGACAUAGCCACCGACAUCGGCACAGUCAUCGUUCUAGGUCCAGGUCAGAAGAACGACAUGAUAGCAGACAUUCAAAGCACGACAGAAGUAGGAGUCCUCGUCAUCGUUCACGUUCGCCCGAUGAUAAAUUGCGACACUCGGAGCGUAGGUCCAGAAGACACCACCAUCGCACGAAAGACGAUAGACGUUCGAAGUCACACGACAAGACAGAAGGAUCUCUUCAAGAACCUUCGCAGUCCAAGAUACAUCCUCCUUCACGUCAAGGCACGCCAGCUGCUACUCAGGAUGCUCUCGACACCGUGUCCAGAGAACAGUUGCUUCGUGAUAGGCUUCGGCUGAAGUCCGAAAGGCAAUCGCCAGCCGCUGAACAACCUUUGGCAACAGAGAUACCCUCCAGAGGUCGUACCCAAACACGCAGCCAAUCUCCUGUGCGAGCUUCAUCUCCUGAAGUUGGACCUUUCCCCGUCGCGUCUUCAUCGGCGCGUUCACCAGACUCGCGACUUAACCCCGUUCCACCUACACGCUCCAUCUCUCGUAGUCCUUCCCCGCCUCCACGUCGUAAGCACAAGCGUCGGCGUUCACGUUCACUUUCUCCGCAAUCUCGUAAACGUCCUCGUUCGCCAUCUGCAUCUCCACCGCCGCUUCCGCCAAUAGCGAAUCCCCCAUCCAAGAUGGACAAAUACUUUUCACCCACUUAUGAUCCUCGUCUUGACGUCGCGGCGCUUUCUACCCGAGUAAAUGUGCCCAAGACAGGGCUGAUUACCGACGAUGACUUCGCGGGGUGGGAUGCGAUGCUAGAACUUAUUCGAUUGAAACGUGAGGAUAAAGAAGAGAGGAAGCGGCUAGAGAGACUGGGGAUCACUAAAGAGAAGAGCGUGAAGAAGAAAACUGAGAAAGCUGGCAGUGAGGGGAUCGACAUCAUGGCUAUAGAGUACAAGAAACGGGGUAGUGUGAGGGAGUGGGAUUUAGGCAAGGAAGGAUUUUAAUUUGCACAUUGUCCAUUGACAUCCUAUGUAGUUUUAGAUAUAUCAUUCAUCAUUCACAUCCAUGUUUAAGGGAUCCAGUUAUUAUAUCGUAAUGUCUACUUAUCCGCACUCGUACAUACAGGGCAAACAACCGGUG